AUGCCUCGGAUAUUGGAUGGAAAUAAUGGUAUAAGAACUAGGAAACGUUUAAAGGACAAUGAUUUAAAUUUAGGUACUUGGAAUAUAAGAACAAUGUUACAAUCUGGAAAAAUGCAAGAAGUAGCAUAUGAAAUGUUGCGAUAUAAAAUAGAUAUAUUAGCUAUACAAGAAACCAGAUGGAAAGGAUAUGGAAAAAUUAAUAAACAGGAAUAUAUAGUAUACUAUAGUGGUGACGAGAAUAGAAGAGGAAUGUACGGUACAGGGUUUAUCAUAAACAAAAAAUUAAGAAAUAACAUAUUAGGAUUUACACCCGUUGAUAGCAGGCUGUGCACGUUGAGACUUAAAGGGAAAUUCUGCAAUAUUACAGUUAUAUGUGCGUAUGCACCAACAGAAGAUUCCGAAGAACAAGAAAAAGAUAUUUUUUAUGAUAACCUAAGUACAUUGUGUGAAAAGGCAGGAUCGUAUGACACUCUCAUACUCUUGGGCGAUUUUAAUGCGAAAGUUGGAAAGGAAGAAUUUGUGCUGGAAGUUGCUGGGAAACAUUCUUUACAUGACAACACGAGCGCGAAUGGUUUGCGCCUGUGUCAAUUAGCCAGUGAAGCUGCAUUAAAAGUCAAAAGUACUUGUUUCGAGAGAAAGGAUAUAUAUAAGGGAACAUGGAGGGUUCCGGGUUCACAGGUAGUUAAUCAAAUUGAUCACGUAUUGAUCUCCUCGAGAAGAGCUUCCUCCAUAUUGAACGUUAGAUCAUGUAGAGGAGCAAACUGUGACAGCGAUCACUUUCUUGUGAAACUGGUUCUUAGACAAAGAAUUGCUAAUGUUGCCAAAGAAAGGGGCAUUAAGAGAAUCAAAUGGGACACCGAAAAAUUAAAAACCCCCGAAAUUCGAGAACGGUUUCAAUCCCGGGUGAACGAGAUACUUAAUGCCAAUAACAACGCUCAAGAAAAUGAAUCGGUAAAUGAAGAGUGGAAACGAAUUGAAAAUACCCUUAACACAGUUGCUAACGAAGUAGUAGGAAGGAAGUCGAUCGAACGAAACAUAGAUUGGUUUGAUAACGAAUGCAAACAAGUAGAAAAAAUUCAAGAAGCACACUUAGAAGGCAACACUAGGGAAGUUUAUAGAAGAACCAAGUACCAGACUAAAGGUUACCAAGCGAAACUUAAUGUCUGCAAAGAUUCAGAAGGUAAUCUUAUAGUUGAAGAAAGCAAAGUUAUGGAUAGAUGGGUCGAGUAUUUCCAGAAAACACUUAAUGAAGGUUACAGUGCAGAUGAAGAAAACGUAUACGAUAAUGUACCUCUGGACCCAGUUAUAGACAUGCCAACGAUUGACGAGUUAAGGGAAGCUGUAGAUAAGCUGAAAAAUAAUAAGGCUCCGGGAAAGAGCGGCAUAACGAUUGAGCUGGUCAGAGGUGGUGGGGAGAUAUUAUUAAAGCCAUUCAGUGAGGUAAUCAUUGGUGAAUACCAAUGUGGAUUUAGGAAAAACCGCUCUACUGUAGAUCAAAUAUUCCUUUUGAAGCAAACAAUGGAGAAAUGUUACGAAUAUAACAUGGAUCUACAUAUCCUAUGUAUAGAUUUUCAGCGGGCUUUUGAUUCAGUAAAGCGAAGCAAGAUACGUGAGGCAUUAAUUGGACGCGGUAUACCCCACAAACUAAUACAAAUGACGUUACUCCAAAACUUCUGUAUUGAUACAAGGCCAGACGUCUAA